UCUAACUGGAUACUUUUUUUUUUUUUUUUUUAAUGAAAAUUGUAUAAAAAUAAAAAAAAAUGCUCAAAAAUCGCGAUUUUAAUUUAUAAUUCUCAUAAUGUAAAUGGAUAAUUUUGCAGCUUUCAUUGCAGGAUGGGGUGCUGGUAUUUUUGGUGUAAUAGUUGGCCAUCCAAUGGAUACGAUUAAAACAGAGCAGCAAAUGAGUUUAUAUCAACGUUUAUCAGUAAAAGAAAGUGUCAAAAUUAUUGUCGCAAAAAAUGGAAUCUCAGGCCUGUAUAAAGGAAUGUAUUUCCCCUUGAUGUCAUCAGGAAUUUUAAAUGCCGUUUUUUUUGGUGUCUAUGCAAUUUGUUUAAAUUCAUUACAAAAUAAACGCGGUAACAAUUCAAAUAAUAUUCUUCCAACAAAUAAUGGUUAUUAUUAUGAUAAUUUUCUAUCCGGUUCUAUUGGUGGAUUAGCGCAAAGUUUCAUUUCAUGUCCCAGUGAACUUAUUAAAAUUAGAAUUCAAACUGGAAAAGGCAAAAACAAAAUGAAAUUACAUGAAAAUAAUGAGAGAAAAAAAAGUAGUACUUAUCUUACGAGUCGUGAUGUUUAUCAAAAAUAUGGAAUUAGUGGCUUUUUUAUCGGUGCUGUACCGACAAUUUGGAGGGACAUUAUUUCCAAUUCAAUUUAUAUGGUGAGUUAUCAAUAUUUUCGUUACAAUUUAAAUGGUGAAGAAAAUUUGAAACCGGGAAAUUUGGAAAUUCUUGUCGCCGGUGGAAUUGCAGGUGUUUUGUCUUGGUUGCCGGUAAUUCCAUUUGAUACUGUCAAAUCGAGAAUUCAAGCCGAUGAAUUUCAUAAUCGUCAAUACAAAGGAAUGAUUGAUUGUUGUUAUCGUUUAUAUAAAAAUGAAGGUAUUCAUGGCUUUUUUAAAGGAACAACGAUGAUUACUCUUCGUUCGAUUCCCGUUAAUGCUGCUAUUUUUUAUGGCUAUCAUCUUCUCAUGAAAAUUCUCGUUCCCCACAUUCAUCACUGAAAAAAAACUACAAAAACAAAAAAGAAAAAUCAAUUCAUUAUCCUUGUGUUUCUGUUUUUUUUUUCGCUCAUUGUAUU